AGCCGAUUGUUGAGGAGGAAGUGGAGAAUGACAAAUUAUCAAAUCUUCCUUCUCAACAGCCACAACCAUGCUUCCCAAAGCUAAAAUUACUCUGCGUCGAAGAAUGCCAUAAAUUGAAACGUUUCAUCUCUUUCUCUAGAUGUAAUGAUCUUCCCAACCUAGUUGUUUUGAUCAUAAGGAAAGCCUCUAAGCUAGAAGAACUAAUAGGAUGUGAACAUGGAAAUGGUGGUUGUGAGAUAGGAGAAAAGAAAGUUGAGCUUCAAAAACUGAAAUAUGUAAUGUUAUGGCAGCUGCCAAAACUCUGCCAAUUGAUUGAAUCCCAGACUGUAAGGAAUCGUGUUGUUGUCAAUUGCCCAAAACUCUCUUUCCCUUCAAGCUCAGCUACCUGCAACACUAAAGAAAUAUUAUGAUUUGCAAAUUAGUGGGAUUGAAAGAAUGGUGCUACGACAAAUAAUUUUGAUGGUCUUGACCGAGGGAUAUUCUCCCUCUACGCUCACCUCACAACACCAUGGUAUGUUUUUGAAGCUACUAUUGCUUUCAUUGGAACUGGAUACUAAUUUUAGGAAGGAAGCUCGAGCAGCCUCAAGGAAUUAAUGAAGAAUCAAAGAAGGAAUUUAUUGAGGAAGUUUCUAGUUCAGAGAUUUGCCGACCACGGACUCAUCCGGACAUCUUGAAGUUAUUGGGAGCACUCAUCUUGAUCCUUCAUAGUUAUUCACAGGUAGCUGAGUAGGAGGUUGCUUCAGUUGCAGCUUGUACAGUUACUUCUUUUUGAAGAAGGAUUCCAUGCCAAAAACCACUUCUACACUUGGUAAAACUGUAAGUGAGGACAACCAAAUUCAGAGUGAAUCAACUGCAGCUGAAACAUCCAAGUUCGUAGAAUCAGAAAAGAUAAAGCAAAGCGAUAGCACACUUAAAAUUGUUGAAGCUGAAAUUGCACCCAUUUCUUCACCCAACUUGAUAGAUAGUAUUGAGGAAACCAAGAGAGCCAAUACUGGAAAGAAUCCAGCAUUAGUCAAACCAGCCAUACCAAGUUCUGGUUCAGAACUAAGAGGGUCAUCUCCAACAUCAUUAACAGCUCCUUUGCAUAACCAGGUGGAUCAAGAGCCAACUAGCGAACCGGGUGUUCUGGAAGAACAAGUUGCCCUUGGAGAGACCAUAAGCAUGAAAGAAAUAGGAAAAGAAAGAAUUCAAGAGGGGCCUGCACCAAAGGAAAAUAUGAUGAAAACUUUGUCAUCUGGUGUAGAUGGCAUUGGCUUUGGUGGAGAGGGAUCAAACUUGAUGAAUAAAGAAAGUGGAAUAGGUGUUGUUUCUAAUGGCAGCAUUGAGGUUCCUCCAGAUACUCAUGGAAAUCACUCUUUGAUCAUUGCGAAAUUGGGAGCAUAUAAGCGCUUUGUUGAUCUGGAUGACACACAAAUUGCUAUAUUGGCUGAGGCAAUGGCUGCAUAUCCUCAUCUUUGGAAUGUUUGUGAGAAGUUCAGUGAGCGCUUUCGAGCUUGGAUGUUGAAAACUUUGGCAGAUAUGUUGUGGUUUCUUCGAAAUGAAAGUGCUUCCAGUGUUACUCCUACACGAGAAAAGGAGUUCCAUAGACUAUGUGAUGAGGUUGUUCAACUUGGAUUUGACAGUUCAUGGGUUGAUGGAAUGCGGCAGCGUGUGGUAGUCAAGGAUCCCAAGGUGGAGCAAUCACAAGCACGAAUCAAUGAGCUUCUCAAGAGGCAUGACCAGCUAACUCAGCAACUUCAUGAGAUAAAGGAUGAAAUUAACAGUCUUAAUGACUCCCUUGCUGACAAGAAGAAGUGUUUUGAUUUUGUGUGAUUUGGAAGUUCUAGCUAUAAGCUAUGGUAUUGUGGGUUUUCUGUUAAAUGUUACUUACUAAAGUGUAAAAGUGUGAAACAAUGAAUAAAUUUAUUAGCAUAUGCCUUUUCUCUGAUUUACCUUUCAACUAUAACAGGAUUUAUAUGUUACAAUUCCUUGUUUGCAUUGUAUCAUUGCUUUCAA